AUGGUGCAUUGGCCAGGUCGGAACAUGGACGUGGACGUGGACGUGGACAUGGACGUGGACGUGGACGUGAACGUGGACGUGGACGUGGACGUUGACGUGGACGUGGACCUGGUCGUGGACGCGGACAUGGAUGUGGACGUGGACAUGGACGUGGACGUGGACAUGGACGUGGACGUGGACGUGGUUGUGGACGCGGACGUGGACGUGGACGUGGACAUGGACGUAGACAUGGUCGUGGACGUGGACAUGGACAUGGACGUGGACGUGGACGUGGACGUAGACGUGGACGUGUACGUGGACGUGGACGUGGACGUGGACCUGGACAAGGACGUGGACGUGGACGUGGACGUGGAGGACUUGGACGUGGACGUGGACGUGGACGUGGACGUGGACGUGGACGACUUGGACGUGGACAUGGACGUGGACAUAGACGUGGACAUAGACGUGGACGUGGACGUAGACAUGGACGUAGACGUGGACGUGGACGUAGACGUGGACAUGGACGUGGACGUGGACGUGGACGUGGACGUAGACAUGGACGUGGACGUGGUCGUGGACGUGGACGUGGACGUGGACGUGGACAUGAAGGUGGACGUGGACGUGGACAUGGACGUGGACGUGGACGUGGACGUGGACAUGGACGUGGACGUGGACGUGGACGUGGACAUGGUCCUGGACGUGGACAUGGACGUGGACGUGGACAUGGACGUGGACGUGGACGUGGACGUGGACGUGGACGUGGACAUGGACAUGGACGUGGACGUGACGUGGACGUGGACAUGGAACAUGGACGUGGACGUGGACGUGGACGUGGACAUGGACGUGGGCGUAGACAUGGACGUGGACGUGGACAUGGACGUGGACAUGGACGUGGACGUGGACGUGGACGUGGACGAAGACAUGGUCUUGGACGUGGACGUGGACGUGGACGUGGACGUGGACAUGGACGUGGACGUGGACGUGGACUUGGACGUGGACGUGGACGUGGACGUGAACGUGGACGUGGACGUGGACAGGGACAUGGACGUGGACGUGGACGUGGACGUGGACAUGGUCGUGGACGUGGACAUGGUCGUGGACAUGGACGUGGACGUGGACAUGGUCGUGGACGUGGACGUGGACGUGGACGUGGACAUGGACGUGGACGUGGACGUGGACGUGGACAUGGACGUGGACGUGAACGUGGACGUGGACGUGGACAUGGACGUGGACGUGGACGUGGACGUGGACGUGGACAUGGACGUGGACGUGGACGGGAUGGGGGGAAGUAGGGAAGGGGAUGGGGGGGAGCAGGGAAGGGGAUGGGGGGAAGCAGGGCAGGGGAUACGGGAUGGGGAGAGGGGAAGAGCGGAUGGAAACGCGGAGGUGGACAUGGACGUGGACAUGGACGUGGACGUGGACGUAGACAUGGACGUGGACGUGGACGUGGACGUGGACGUGGACAUGGACGUGGAUGUAGACGUGGACGUGGACAUGAACGUGGACGUGGACGUGGACGUGGACGUGGACGUGGACGUGGACAUGGACGUGGACGUGGACGUGGACGUGGACGUGGACAUGGACGUGGACGUAGACGUGGACGUGGACGUUGACGUGGACAUGGACGUGGACGUGGACGUGGACGUGGACGUGGAGGAGUUGGACGUGGACAUGGACGUGGACGUGGACAAGGACGUGGAAGUGGACGUGGACGUGGACGUGGAGAACUUGGACGUGGAUAUGGACGUGAACGUGGACGUGGACAUGGACGUGGAGGACUUGGACGUGGACAUGGACGUGGACGUGGACGUGGACAUAGACGUGGGCGUGGACAUGGAGGUAGACGUGGACGUGGACGUCGACAUGGACGUGGACGUGGACGUGGACGUGGACGUGGACAUGGUCGUGGACAUGGACAUGAACAUGGACAUGGACGUGGACGUGGACGUGGACGUGGACGUGGACGUGGUUGUGGACGUGGACGUGGACGUGGACGUGGACGUGGACGUGGUCGUGGACGUGGACGUGGACGUGGACGUGGACGUGGACGUGGACGUGGACGUGACGUGGACGUGGACGUGGACAUGGACGUGGACGUGGACGUGA